CACUGUUUCAGGUUUCAUUGCUGAACUGUGUCUGAUAUCAAAGGCUGCUGCCUUGCUACCUUCAUUUAGAAGGAACUGGAUUUGAAGGCAGCGGGAUUGGAAGACGUCCUGUAAGGCUGGAAGUUUGUUGCCAAUGAUGGAUUCUGCCUUCCUCACCACUCCUUCAAGGGCCUUGCGGUCGCAGGCGGUGCAGCUGCCGUACACUCUCAGAAAAAAAGUACUAUUCAGGUCCAUUUUUGUUCCUCAAGGUACAAGCAAUGUAAAUGUACCCUCACAAGUACAAUAGUGGUCUUUAAGGUCUUAUUGGGUACCUUUUAAUGAGUGAUUAAAGGUACAUUACAUACGCUUUUCAAAUGAUCAAAUGGAUUACUAAUUUAAUUUUUAAACAAAACAAAUAAGACUUUGUGUGUGGUCAGUGCAUAUUUUCAAAAUAGCAAAUAUAAGAAAAUCAUUGAAUUAUCAUGCCAUGACUUAUUUUUACAUUAUGUUCAUUUUCCAGCCUUUCUUUACCUCCUAGAAUGAAACAGGCUGCUGUUACUGUGCCUUUGAGACUGAAGUUUGUAAAUAAGUGAAAAAGCAAUUCCAGGCUGAAAAAUUCCUACUACAUAUAUUUCAGUGUAAAUGGGUGAGACUAAACUGCUUAGACUGGAUAUUUAGAUAACUAGUUAGUUAACUAGCAAGUUAAAUGUCAUGCAUACAAUUCCAAUUAUGAGGAUAAGUCGGAAGAAAAUUUUUCCAAGUAAUUUUGGGUCAUUUCUUUUAGUCCAUUAAUCAUGAAAUUUGCACACAGUGUAAAGUGCAACAAAUAUUUUCAAAUUAUGUCAAAAACUGGAAAACGUCAAAUAAGGCGAUAGAAGGUUUUCCUCCGACAACAGCGAUAUGUUGGUUCAUCCCAUUUUGUGCAUUUGCUAUUUCUUAAAAACCCAACCCUGUUACUUGCUUGAGCUUCUGGCAACAAUGACACCUUGCUUAUAUUCAAUGUUAUAAACGCUAAAGAUUAAAUAAAGUUUCCUUUUCAAGAGCUACAAGGGCUGAAUGGCACCCUCAUGGACCCACAUUAGCGUGAUAAUGAGUGACUACACCACAUUGUCCCCUUUCCACGUGGCCUUGAGUCGGUCACUUGUGGCGUUUUGGCUCCAGGUAUGAAAAAACGUGGGUUUUGAUAAGAAACUUGUGCCUCAGUGUGCCACGUUAUCACACACUGUGAGCAAAUACUGGGACUGGGGAACUCCUGCCUUUCUUUUUCCUCUGACCUAGCUAGGUGUGCACACUGCCCAUAGACCCAAAGCCUAAUAAUGUCAGGGCUUAAUAUAUCACUGGGCUACUUCAUAACUGUGGUGGCCAUAGGUGCAUUUGCUCGGGUUCUGCUCGUGCAAAAGAGGCCGCAGUGGAGUUUUCUGGCUGAAUUCAUUGCUGCCUUUGUGCUUGUGGCCUGCAGACUGGAGGUACAAACCAUUUCUGAGAUUGGCCAGUGGGCUGGAGGCCUGGGCUCAGAUGUCACCCUUACAAUGCUCUUCCUAGCCAUAAGCGUCCAUGGUGUCAUCAUGCAAGGAGUCACUGGAAACCCUUCAGUGACCUUGAUGGGGUUCCUGCAGAAGGAGACUGGAGUAUUAUCCACUGUUCUCAGCUUAGCAGGCCAGUUCGCAGGUGCACAGCUUGCUCUGCUCUUAGCUGGCUGGUACUGGACAAUGGAGCUGACAGACAUGCACAUGAUCAAGAACCUGAUGACAGCUGAGUGCAGCACAUCACUGCAAGCGCCACUGAUACAGGGCACCAUUACAGAGGUUGUGAGUGCACUGGCUUUUCAUCUGGCUGCCCUCAGCCUACACCACAGGUCACAGCUGCUCCGGGCUCCCCUCUUAGCCCUGCUGCUCACCUUCCUCUACUAUGUAGGAAGCGGCUAUACCUCCGCUUACGUGAAUCCCUCCCUCGCCUACGCACUGACCUUCACCUGCCCUGGACACACCAUGGCAGAAUACGCUCUAGUCUACUGGCUUGGCCCUCUUGUGGGCAUGACCCUGGCCUUGCUCCUCUACAGGGGCAACAUUCCCUUGUUCUUCACCAAGAACCUGCUCUUCUCAAAAAAGACGCGCUUCCGUUCACCAAAGGGGAAAAAUUCUGAAGAGAAAAGAAAGUAGCUGAGACUGUUUUGCAUUACAUCUCUCUAUCCCAAUGCAGAACUCCAGUCGGGGACGUUUAAUAUUAGAGCCAUUGCUUUUCUUUGGAAGGUCCAUUUUAAAGAAGAAAAAAAAGGUUGCCAAGAGACGGAGCAAUAAACUGUAUAAAGAGUUUUUAUACACUUUGCAAUAAAAAAAGUCAUUUUAA